AUGACGGUUACCUAUUUGAUACCAAUAUAUCCGCCCGAUAACAGAUUUAUACUGGAUUGGGAUGACAAUGUGGAGGCGUCGCUGUUGCUGGCACUUGGCUUCUUAGUUCUGAUGCAGCUGAUGCUCCUGAUUUAUAUAGUGCUAGCCCAUUUUCAGCCCUGCACACUCUAUCGCCAGCAGCUGAACGAAAGCUAUCGUCGGCGCUAUAAGAAUUUUAUAUUUCGCCGACUGCUGGCACAACUGGAUCGGGCCCUAAGGCAGCGGCCAGGUGCUGGUCAGGAGCUGAGCUCAUGUCUAGAAGCGAAACGCAUGGCACAGUUGGCGAUACGUUUGUUCUGUCGGGACACCACCAAGGUACUCUAUCCGGAAUACGAACUUGACUCAUCGGCGGCCAGUGAUGCCUAUUUUGUGCUUGACGACGAGGAGGCCGAACUGAAUUCCGCAGGCUAUGCCAGCGUUAAUUUUGAUGUCACGGAUGCAUUCCUAGAGAGCCUAUUGUAUCCGAAACGCGCUGACAUCCCCAGCAAAAAUAAAACAAAGUCGUGA